AUGGCACAGUAUCUACCCGAGAGCGUAAAGUCAGACGUGAUCACUGAAGCAGAAAGACAUCGUUUACUGUCGUAUUCCGCCAAGAAAUCUACUCUGUUAGUUGUAGGUCAAACCAACAGCGGGAAGAGUUCUUUCGUGAAUGAACUUCUUGGUGGAUCUCAUAUGCCAACUUCUGAACUUCCCUGUACUUCUCGUAUUGUUCGACUCAAGUACAGUGAUGAGAACUACUACCAGGUACACAUAUAUAUCAGAAUUGCUGAGGCGACGCUGCCAGCGAUUCUUUUUUCUAGCACGUAUUCGUGCAUCCUAUUCGGGUUGGGAAUUUUUUGCUUCCUUCGACCAGACAACGAGCGGCAAAACCGUAUGAAAUGGUCAUGAAUUGGGCCUAGGUUACGCAGAAAAAGCAACACCAGACCCAAGUUUGCGUAUUAAGUACAAUUUAUUUCUAUAUUCAUGCCUAUAUUUCUACGUUUUAACAUCUAUAUUGAAUUUUUCAUACAAAGUCUUUAAAUCGUUCGUAAAAUGCAAAAGAGUAUCGAAACUCGCGGUAAUUUAUACACCGAGCUUGGGAUUUCUGUGGAUCGAUCAGGGUUAAAUAUUCUUUUUGAAUCCAAGCUUUAAAAUGAACUGUAAAUAGUUCUAUUGAUUGUUCUCAGAAUUGCUAUUUUCAACCUAGUUUUCGCUUUUAAUUGAUUGUAGAUAGUAUUUAAUUUUCUUAGUAUAUGCAGGGCCCCACUGAAGAGCAACCACUGGUGAAUUAGUAAAUUUAAAAUCAUUAUUAGUAGGUAGUGGUAGCGUCAUCAACAACAUCAUCAUUAUCAUCAUCGUUAUUGUAACAUGUCGGUUAUAAUCUGCACUAUAUUUACGGCGUGGAGAAAUAUGUGAAAUUCGACCUGACUAAAUACGAAAAGUGAUUUAUAGAUUUAGCCAGGGCUAAAACAGAAGCUGUCGAUAAUAUUUAUAGUUUACUUGAACAAAAUAUAAAAUCGUGUAAUGCUAAGCGGCAAAGGCUACGAGGAUCGAGAAAAAACAACAAUAGGUCUAAUUAGCAACUUUGCACAUGCAGCACUUUUUUGUACAUUUCUUUGCCGUUGUUUUGCACGACUUUAACGGAAACUUCCAGAAACUUCCUAGUUACAGAUUUUUUGGAGUAAAUGUCGUACGUCUUGUUCACUUUUUUUUACUGUCGCAAAUUUUCACCUUGGUGGCCGCUAGCAUUUCUCAUUUUCUCACCCCCGCUACAAACUUUUCAUGUUGUUCUUCCAACAAAAAAUGUCUCCUUUGUUUCUUAUCUCCUCGCUGUAGCUCUCUGUCGAUCUUUUUCUUAGACAAUACGGAUAUAGAAACAGUUUCUGCUUUCCGUUUUCGUCUUUAUUGACUCUUUAGUUGGCUCUGCUUCACAAGACGCGGGUGACAAUGUGAUUCCCGCCGUUUACGAUACCUGGUGAUUGAGUUAUUUUACAUUGGUAUGCCUGUGGUGCGGUCGGGCGGUCGGUCGGUCGGUCGGACGUACCGUCACGUGAUUACCAAAAUUUAUCACAGGGCUAGAUUACGCGCGCGCGAGGAGCUCCGCUAUUAAUUGGUCGCAUCAAAUGAAUGAAAUUUAUUUAUUUAUUUAUUUAUUUAUUAAGCUUCGCCAAAAAAUAAUAAUAAUACAUGAAAAUAACAUACAUAUACAUGGCAGAGUCACCACAACAGAUAAACCAGGUACUGUGGGCCCGAAAAUAAAAGCAACAUUAGGAAGGCUAGAUGGAAAAGGUUGCAAGCAGCAGGCGACGCGGCUAGUUGGAGUGCGAGCGUAGUUACAUUUUAGGCAAAUUGUUUUCCAUGUUCUGGAGUCCUCUACAUUAUGGCAAGUCCGUAGAGCGGAAAUCCCUAAGAAGUCUCUUGAACUGGGCUAAGCUUAACUUGUUUGAUGUUAACUGUGGGGGAAGUGAGUUCAAAUUCUUGGGGCACGAAUAAAGAAAGAGCGCUGGUAUGUAACGGUAUUACAUUUACGUCGACGGUUCUAUAGGAGUGGGUAGAACUUCUUGGGAUAUAUUAACAAGUUUAUCUUUUAAAAAAAACAUCAUGUCCAAGUAUUCAUGCCAAUAACAUAAUGGCAACAAAACAACACAAGGACGCUUAGGGCACCGAAACACCUGAAUAUGAAAUAAAGGGCCGAAUUUCAAGGGGGCAGCUGGAUUACAAAGACUGAGCUGACUUAAACAUCUUAUAGCGUGAGAUGAAAUGCUAUUUUUGCCAACGAGCAGCCUCGCGAGGCGGCAGCCUAGUAGAGCCGUGCGCGAUACUUCCAGGGGCAGAAAAGAUCUCGAAUCGAUGUAACAUAUAGCAAUGUAAGGCAACAUUAAUGACGUAAUGCAGAACAGAGAAUGCAUUGUUUUCGAGCGAACACGUGAUACAGAACAGAGAAUCCACGAGCCGUGUGCGAACAGGAGGGCAUUUUGCGCACGCAUGCGUGCAUCCGCUGAACGACAAUAGCGUGGGCGCAUCAAAUCUGAUGGCGGGAAAUCGAAAACUCGCGUGAAGUUUCAGUCCUUUCAAAGGCCAUUUCGUUGGUGCUUUGAAUACCACACUUUCCUACAAAAAAAUGCUCUCCAUGACAAAAAUCUGACGUUUUCUACGAGCGUUUUCAGUUGUAGAUUUUUCAGCGGUAGGUUUUCUUGACCUUUCAAAGACUCAACGCCAAAAAUCACUGUUCCUUCAUAAGUCUGAUUUUCAUUGGCAAAGCAAUGCAUUUCUAUGGUUUGAUUUCCAAACUCAUGGUUUUUCUUAUCAAGGAAGAAAUGCAUCGGAGUAAUGUUCAACUCCUUAAGGAAAGCGAAAAAAACAAUUACUACGCGGGGUUUAUUUAUUAGCACGUUGUCUCAUGUUAAACUGAUCGCGGAGACACGCUUUUAUAUGCCACAAAAACAUGAAAUCUAUGGGUAUUUUUUUACAGUUCGAAGGUUUUCGCGGAAAAAUAUAAUAAAAGAUAUUCUACAGGAAAUGAAGAAUGGAUUGAGUCUGAGACAGCGACAAUUACAAGUGAUUAUGUACUACAUAAUCACUUGAGCAUUUCAUCAGCUCACUUGCAGACAAAACAAAUGCACCAUGAAAAAACGAAAGCUACUUUUAUUUUUCUGCACCUCUAAAAGAUACAGAGAUUUUUCCUAAGCUACUAUUUUGAAGCGACUCUUGACAGCUCCUGUGUUCCACAAUCCAUUUCUUAUUAUAAUUUAUAUAUUUGAUGACAGUAGUGAUCCAUUCAAAACAGAGAAUGGCCAUCACAGCAUAAAUCUAACUGACGAUGUCUGUUCACCUUCAAAGCCUGUUAUAACAUGAGGCAGCAAGUUUAUUAGAGGGGUGCAUAUAAUGCUGUUCCCUCAAAUAGGAAAUAAGGACCCAAAUGAGUUGGGAUGCCACAACAAACAUGACACAAAUGGAUGGGUGAAUUUGUUUGUUGUUACUGUUAACAGCUUUUUACUGCUGUAUCCAGAUGAACCCCUUAUGUAAGUUGUACAUGAAAGAAUUAUCAGGCAGAUAUUGAUGCAUUAAACAAGAAUAUGGUUCAAUACAGAGAAGAAGCUGGUCUCAGUCAACAUCCUUUGUGAAUGAAAUAGUUCACAAAUUAGCAUAUCAGCAAACGUAGUAUCCACAAAAUGGUAUCAUUUAGGAAUAAAUGCAAUUUUUUUGCAACAGAAGCCAGGAUUUAUGUAAAAGGUGUAUUGAAAACGUGUCAUUUCGUGCUAUUUUGGGGUUGGGGAGUUAAAGAGCGUAUGUCUGUAAAAAUCGAGCAACCGCCGGCCACGGUCAAAAAUUAAAUUUCGCUCAUAUCUUGUCCAUUCAUACUUAUUAGUAAGUAACUAAACGUGGUGUAGUUUGUUUUUCAAAAGGCCGCUUGGAUUUGGAGAAAAUCGACAAAAUCAAUUUUCGUGGUCGCCGACUUGAAAACAACCAAAAUCUGAGGCAAGAUGAGGCGGUCUCAAAACUUCGCUCGCACGCACACAGGAAGAAAACGUGGUAAAAUAUUCCCCGAUAAAUCAAUUUAUAAAGGGUUUUAGCCCUAGUAUGGCGGUUAAUUCUUAUCUUAACGAUGAUGUGGAAGUUAAGCAAUUUUAUUUUAGUUUUGGUUCUUUUUCAACUCAAUCAAGUUUAAAUUUAGACCUAAAGUCGCGAUUUAAGUUUUAGGCAUGUGCUACACCUUGGUUUUUCCUGAAACUCAAGCUAUAAGUUAGUUAAACAUUGUACUAAAAGAUAUGUGAGAACUGGCUUGGGUAAUUUAAUUUGGGCUUCAGACGAAUCUUCUGAACUUGAACAAAUUUUGAGUGAAAUAUGAUACAUUUGCAUAAUUCACCAACGCCUUGCUGUUGCCGAAAGGGAUCAUUGGCAUUUCCUGAGAAGAAACCUGAUGUACUUUUAUAGUACGAUAGUUAAUUUGCUAACAUGUAGUAGAAAUUAACUUACCUUUAUAGUUUGGGACACUUGUUUUACUUUUUCUACUCUCGAGCUCCAAAAUUCUGCUGGCCCUAAGGCAUUUUGUAAUUUGAGAGGUCAUAGGAGAUGGGCCAGGUUAUUAAAAUGUCACUCAAACCGAAUGAGCGUUAUGAUCUAAAUUCUUAAGGUGGUUGAACAAAAUCUUUCACGAGAAAAAUAUGUUUUUAAGACAUUUUCGGCGAUUUGAAAGAUGUUCUUAAAAUUUAAUCGAAACAGUUACAACAUACAGGGAGGAAGUGUGAGAAGACAAGGAGUGGUGUUGCGUGACAACGAACACCAUCCUUCGAACUUAAGUAUGAGAAGAAAACAACAUUGUUUAUACAUUUCUUUGAUGUUUCCAAAGUUAUUUGUUCAAUUAUACAACAACUGAAAGGUUGCAAAGUCUGGCUGCCAAAAGGACUUGAUUUAAAAGUAUAAAGUGGUGGUCAGUUUUUCGAACACCUGCGCGUGUGAUAAAAGCAUUAACUAUUAAGGAAUUUGGAAAACACCAAAAUCAUACACCCUGUCAGUACACACGAACACUGAGCAGGUUUUAAACUUUGGACAACCUCGAUAAUUGAUCUCGGAAGCGUUUUUUGUUUUGAGUGAAGAAUCACAAUAAAAAAAAUCAUGUUAUUUCAUAUGUAUGUUUUGGGGAAGGGUAGCUCUGAAUCUUACUUAGGUACUACCUAGUAAGACUCCGAUGGAAAGGCCGUUGAGGGGAUAGAAGAAUCCGUCGAAAGGGUUACGCUGUAACUCUUGCUCAAGGAUGUUAGGUAAGCAAUGCGCUCUAAACCCUGUCUCUCCUUUUUAAAUGCUUGAACAGGCUAACCAGUAAUAAAAAACUUGCAUUAGCACACGCAACUAAGAAAAUAUUGAAAAGUAAUUGGCGAAAUGCUAUCUAGGCAGCGCUAUUUCCAAGACUACAAACCUCUCCUAGAGUGUGAAGACUUAAGGCAUGAGUUUCAGUUUCUAGUAUCGAAUAUAUACAAAGCAGGAAACCUGGGGUCUAGAACGCUGACCUGUUCCUGUCUCAUUCCUUUACCAAAGGAUACGUCAAAGUAUAUCAGACAAUUUCCUCCUUACAGCAUGCUCGGCUACUCAAACAAGCUUUAAAAUCUGGCACUAAGAUGAUAUACCGCAGAUACAGCAAGUUAGAAAGCUGGAAUCAAACGUGUUUACCAAUGGGUUAGGCCCUAACGUCUUAAAUUCCGUCUUGCGGCCUUUGACAACGGACCAGGCGCCUGUUUGUCCAAAGUCCCUAUAACUUUUCGGGCCCGAAAUCAAAUAGUCAAAUCGAAAUUAAAGGAAUAAGAAGAGCGCGGGUCCUGGCUAGCAAAAUGCUUCAUUUUUUCAUUAACUGAUAGUUUUAUCAUGUUAGAUGCAAAACUAUUGAACUUCUAUCUUGCAUGUAAACAACAACAGCUUUAGGGGCCCGUUAAUUAUCGGGACUUUCGAGAAUUGAACGGGCCCAGAAGCGGAUGCAGCGUCAAUAUGCGUUUCAUUGACGACUGCCAGAGAAAGUUAUGGUCGGAGACGUUCUUUUCAAGAGUUCUGAUCAUGAAUUUCUGACGAGCCACCAGUUUCAUUCUCAAGACGGGUACCAAAGCGCACACUCAGAAAAUGACAAAUGACCGAGAGUAAAACUGAAAAAAAACUAUGUGGGUAAAGAAAGUAGUGGUAGCGUUAGGCGAUAGUUGACAGGGGCACCUAACGACAGUUUCCUCCUUUAUACUACUACAUGAGAAAUGUCUGCAAUUUGAUUGGCUUAUAGCAGUGGUAUUUCAGCUUAAUUUGAAAUACCUACAUGUGAAAAUUACAAACCUUUUGCGAGUUGUAGUAUAAACAAAUAAUAGCAUGAUUUGUACGUGAUAUUUGGCAUAAAUACCACUAGUGAUAUUUCAAAAUUGUCUCAAAUGUCACUCGCCUAAUGGCUCGUGAAAUUGCGUAUAACAAUUGCGAAAUACCACUCGUGGUAUUUAUGCCAAAUAUCACCGCAACUCAUGCUAUUACCUAUACAAUUACAUUGAAAACCCUUUCAGGCUAUCUAAAUUACUAAGUUCUUUGCGGCACCAUAUAAUUAUAACAACUGUUCGGUCAUUCACAAGGCAACUUGAGUAGUCUUUUCGAUGGAAAUUACAAGGGUUUCAAUAUUAUAUUUUUCGAAUAUUUUGAAUUUUUUUCUGAUUCCUUUUCUGUUACAAUUUCGUUUCAGGAAGAUUUAAUUCCCUUUAUAUGGAGAAAACCUGUCUCCUGUAGGAGAGUCACCCUCCCAGCCGAGGGAAAAAAAAAAACAUUGACCCCAACCGGCCUUCGCGCAUGCUCUAAUUGUCUCGCCUUGGCUAUGCGAGACCUUUACCGAUACGGAUCGGAUUUGAUCUAGACGGUCGGACCGAAAUGUCUCCUUCCAUUUGACAAAACUAUUUUCCCCAGGACCAAUGAUCUGUAUCCUGCUUACAAGCACGAUAACCAAACUCGCGGUGGCUUUGGUUUGGUCUCUGCAACUGGAAUGUACCUUCCACUUGGCACGUGGUUUUUCCGAAAUUUCAAACAGGAAUUUUUGUUCAAUGGAAAGCGCGUAAAGUGCGUACAGAGAAACGUUGCCCCGGCUAGGAGGCUGACCCUACCAUUACAAAAGAGUGACUGGAUAAAGUGAGUCACCCUUCUGGCCUAGCCAACUGUUUGUAAUUUAAACGGUUCGCCAUGUUUGGCAAGGAAAUGUGUGAAACGUUGCCUCUUCCAGGGAGGCUCGGAUAGGAGGUUGACCCUUCUGCUCGAAACAAAUUUUCUUCAUACAAGCGGGGCCUAAAUUUUAGUUCUUUACAUUAAUUUCCAUAGUCCAGCUGACGCACAAUUUUUUUGUUUUUUGUUCUACAAUGUGGAAAACUGAAAUUAAAAAAUACAUUGGAACCCCGUUAAUGCGACCAGCGUUGGGCCAUAAAACCCCGGUCGUGAUACGGAGGUGGUUGCAUUAAAGAGGUCUUCAAAAUAAUAACAUGACUCGGAGAUUUUCUCGUCUGGGUGGAAAGACUAUGGGAGGUAAGC